AUGAAAGAACAACAGCAAACAAUUACAAUGGAAACAUCCUGUUCAUCUCCACAGGAAGUAGUCACUACUAAUCUUGAUCCACUAUUAAUGCAAUCAUGCGAUAUUGAUAACGAUCAUCCUGUAGAUAAUAAUCGAAGAUCAUCUAUUCUUCAUACUCCCAAUAUACAUAAAAAUGAUGAAGAAAAUAUUGAUUCUAAUAAAAAAUGUCAUUUCUUUAAAAAAAUUUUUUCUUAUAUGGAAAGAUUUUCUGGUAUUAUAUAUGCAUUAUUAUCUGCAUUUUUCUUUACAGCUACGACUUUUACUAUAAAACAACUUGGUGUUGUUUUAUUUGAUGUAUUUAUUAUUCGAUUUUUUAUUCAAGGUUUUAUUGCAUAUGGAUUUAUUAUUUACAAAGGUUAUUAUAUAUAUAAUUCAAAUUCUCCUAUUUUAUUAAUUUUUAUUCAAGCUUUAACAGCAUCUACAGGUACUAUUUGUUUUUAUCUUGCUCUAUCAAUGCUUUCAUUAUCCGAUUUAACUACAAUACGUUAUACACAAGUUAUUUGGACAGCUGUUUUUGUUUUUAUUAUAUAUCGAGAUCGAAUUACUUUAUCAAUAAUUUUAGCUUGUAUAUUAACAUUUAUUGGUGUUAUUUGUGUUGCUCAACCAUCAUUUAUUUUUACACAAAAAAAACCUAUCAAUGAAACAUUAGAACUAUCAUUAUCAAAAUCUAGUGAUCAACGUUUAUUAGGUAUGUUUAUUGCUAUUAUAUGUGCAUUAGCAAUAGCAAUGAGUAUUGUAUUAACAAAAAAAUUAUUUGAAAAAAAAGUUCGUCAAAGUAUAGUUAUGUUUCAUUUUAUUAUAGUAACUUUGCCUAUUCUAUUAAUAAUUCAAAUAUAUUAUUGGGGAUUCUCAACAACAAAUCAUAAAAAAUUUAAUAUAAAAGAACUUUAUCUAAAUAAAAAUUUUCUAUAUGCAAUAAUUCUUGCAACAAUACAAAUAAUUCCAAUGAUUUUUUCACAAAAAUCAAUUAAACGUGAACAUCCAUCAAUUAUUUCUGUUGUUUCAGCCAGAGAUGUCCAUCGCGGCUGA